UAGGGCUGGGUUUUGUCCUUCUAGUACAGAGAGCUGUUGGGUGGUGAUCUGUGGGACUUGGACGUGGGUGAAAGUUUUGGACCUGGAUAUUGGUGAAGUUUUGGACUCGGAUACUGGUGACUUGUUGUACUUGACAGAUUGGGGUUGGUACAAGCAUUUAUAUCAACAAAGAUGAAGAAGUGGGAAAUGGCUCAAGGCAAAACCCUACAUCACAACUCCUUUCAGGAAGAGGCUUUAACAGAACACUAUAAAAUCCUAGAAACCCUUGGCCGAGGAGCAUUCGGAGAAGUAAAGUUGGCUAGCCAUCUACUCACCCAGACAAGGGUAGCAGUAAAAGUUCUUCCAAAAGGCACAAAGAAUAGCUUCAUCAAAUCAGAAAUUGAAAUAAUGAAAUCUCUAGACCAUCCCAAUAUUAUUAAACUUUUGCACAUAAUUGACACCACAAAAAACAUUUACAUGGUUAUGGAACAUGCCACAGGGGGAGAGCUGAUGGGCAGGAUUGUGGAGUUUGGCUACCUACAGGAAGAGGAAUCCCGUAAGGUAUUUAAACAGAUGGUGUGUGCCCUUCAGUAUUGUCACAGGAAAGGGAUUGCUCACAGGGAUCUAAAGCCUGAAAAUAUUUUAGUGGAUGGCAAAGGCAAUAUAAAACUCAGUGAUUUUGGGUUGGGCACCAAGCUUACCAUGGGGCAGAAGCUAGCAUAUUUCUGUGGGACACUUCCUUAUUGUGCCCCAGAACUCUUUGAAGGUGGAGGUUACGAUGGCCGAGCAAUCGACAUCUGGAGUUUGGGGGUUGUACUCUACUUUAUGUCGACAGGGUGCCUCCCUUUUAAGGGAUUUACUUUUGGGGCACUAAAGGAGAAAAUCUUGGCUGGAAAGUACUCUGUUGCAUUCAAGCUGUCGCCAGAGCUUUGGGAUGUUAUUGCUAAGUUGUUAACUGUAAAUCCUGGACAAAGACCAAGAAUAGAUGACGUUGUGGGUUUUCAAUGGCUAAAGCUUGGCAAUGAAGGUUCUCCCAAUCCCUUUAGAGAGAACGAUGAGGACAGCUACCCAGACCCCACUGUGAUGGUCAUCAUGGGCGUCAUGGGUUAUAAGCAAGGAGAGAUAUUGGAAGCUUUACAGGAGAAGAAGUUUGAUCAAGUGAUGGCCACCUACUUGAUUCUUAGGCAGCAGUCACCCUGGGAAGAUGACUUGAUAAAAGAUCUUCAGCCCAAGCAGUCUUCUGGAACCUUGAAUGUUACAGGCCUUCCCACGAUACCUAAAGUGGCUAUAAAGAGGGGAUCUAGUGUCCCAAUCCUUCCCACUUCUUCCAUUUUGCCCACUCUACCUGAGAGUCCUGAGAACGACAAAAAGGGGAAAACGAGGUACAGUAUGCCUCCCACCGUGAACUGCCCUAACAAGAAAAUAGCCCCAGUUCAAAGAAUCUGCCCCCAUCGUGUACACGAGGCUAACUUCAUGAAUAGCACUUGGGGGGAUUCAGAGAGCACUAUUAACACCUCUGAUGAAAUAUGUACCAGAGUGUCUUCAGCACUGGAAACUUCUUCCAACAAGUUAUCCCUGAAUGUGUCCAAAGCUGGCCCUAACAAAUCAAAGAACAAGGUGUCCUCACAGGAGGUUUUAUCUCAUCACACUCCAAUGGAGGAAGUUCAGUGCAAAGACAUCAACAUACCAAGUAAAAAUAUCAGCUCUUCUCUCCGACAAACCUCAUAUCAGGAGGACCUCAGAGCUACAGCCAGUCGGAGAGAUGAAAAGACCAGUUCAUCUCUCCCACAAACUGAACCUCAGGAGGACCUCAGGGGACAGCCCCACAGUGUGGCUACAGCUGCGUCAAAGAGCAACAUGACCUCACAGGAUAGAUCACCCCCAUUCUCCAGCAAGGAGGCCCAGGAUGAGGGUCCUAUUGUACAAGAAAAAGACCUCAGCCCAUCCUCCCCAGAAACACCCCAGGGACACCUCAGUGGCCGGAGCCAGACUGCACCCAGAGCUCCCUUUAGAAAGCGGGUUUGGAAGAGCCUACAGAGCAGAAUUAUAAAAGGCCUGAGAAGUUUGUGUUGCUGCCUACCAACAGAAAAGAGGGAGCACCUAGGCUGCAACAAAAUCCUGCCUGUGAGCUUAAAGGACCACAGAGGCAGCCAAGGUAACAACAGGAGCCAUGUGAAGCCUGCACAUGCCACAGUGCACAUUUUGCUCCAGGGCAUCUGGUCGUGUGCAAGGGACAUUGCUGUUGCUGAGGCUUUGUGUCCCCAGGCAGCAGGCUGGGAAAGAUCUUUGCUGCUUGUAUGACCCUAUGCUGGGGCUACCAAGGAGACUCCUGGGACUACACUCAGCAAGGAACGUUUUCAAGAGGAUGGUGCUUAGAGCAGGAGAUGCCACUCAAGCCCUAACACACUGGAAGGAACAGGGACACACAGGUCUCCUUGAUGGAAAAGGUUUCUUCUGAUUGACAGAGAAGUUGGGCCAGAGACUUUCAAGCAUAUGGACUAAGAGGAACAAGGGAAAAUGUCUACUGAUCCAGGGUCUUGCUGUAUAGCUUAGACUGACCUACAAUUCCUGAUACUCGUGCUCAGAAUCCUGGUUACUGGGGUGACAGUUUUCUCUGGAAAGGACCUGCAGAGAAAGAGAGCAAUCGUGAUUGUGUGACACAAAGAGACUCCACCUGGUACCAGCUUCAAGUGUGGCCACACUGACACCUAGGCUGAGAACUGCCCCACACUUCAUCGGCUGCCAGGCCCUUCUCCAACUGUGAACAAACAACACUGGAGGGUUGACUAUCCCACUCUGCCUUGCCAAGUUUGUUUAUAUGAUGGAUACCUUCAUCAAUUUACAUAGUUAAACCCUCUGUGCAUUUCUGGAAGGAAGCCUAAUUGAUCAAGAAAGCAUUUACUUCACAUUGGUGUGACUUCAUGGUUACAUUUUCUGCACCUUUUGGAAAUAUCUACUAGAGGAGAACUUGUAAUUGGCAUAGACUUUUUCGAAGAGAUUCCAUUGCAACGUGGGGCUGUGAAGACCCUUCAGGGAGCAGAUCUCAGCUAUUGAUGCAGAAGGCCCAAUGAUUGGGGAAAAGCAGUCUCACUUGAAUGUGCUUCCACUUUAAGGAAUCUAUUGUGGACAGCAGUCAAUGCAAUGUUGCCAAAUGGAUCAAAGUGCUGAGAAUAGGGGAAUGAUUACUAAGUAAUAAAGCAGAUAUUUCUAUCAACCCUCCUACUCAAUUCCAUCAAAAGUAAGAGAAUAUCACAGAAGAGAAUACAAAAGAAUGUAAGAGCUGGACCAUAGGAAAGAGUGCUGAGAAAUGUUACCUUCUGGGCAUGUUUCUGCUGUUACAUACACGAAACAACAACAGCUGUGGUUACCUGCACAAGAUGAAAACAUCAAAUACUCCAGCAUAGAUUAGGAGGGACUAAGUGAUAAUUCAUCCUUUAUUUAAGGCAAGCAUAAGCCACUUGGCUGCUUCUUAAGCAACUGCUAUCUUCUUAAUCGGAGAUUGCAACUCCUCUGCUACCAGCAGCCAUUUGGCUGCAAGGGCCACAGCCGGAGGAAAUUCCGUUCUCUCAGGCACUGACUCUUUCAAAGCUACUAAGAAAAACUUUAUCUAGAUAUCCAUCUCUCCAAAGAACUCCCGGUUGAAAGGUUAAGGUGGGAUUCAGCCCACUCAGAGAGGUUGAAUAGCAGCAAAAUACCAGAGGCAAGCUACUCUGAAGAGAAGACACAUACUUAUCACACCGUUUUGGAGGUUCAGGAGCCUGCCACCAGCACUGGUUCAGCCAUGAGGAGUCACUAGUGACUCUGUCACCUCAUUCCAGAUGGCAAUUGCAGGAAAAUGUUCAGCAGCCAGCAAACACAGGGAAAAAUAAUGAGAGCCUGUCAAGAUACCCUAAUCCAGUCUGAAGGCAGACUCCUAAAGACCUUUCACUUUUCGUUAUCACUCAAAGAUCCACAGAGGCAUCACCUUCACACCAAGAGUCACAUUUAGAAGAUAUGGGUCCACCGAGAGAACCUACAUCUAAACCACAAUACACACACCACACCAGAUGAUAAGAUGGAAUCAAUCAGUACUCAAGAACUCUCUACCUUAUAUGAAGAGAAUGGUGUUUCAGAAACCAGUGUCCAGGAGGAGCUUAUUGUUUUCAUUGCUAUUACCAAUGAUUUUGUUACAGAAUUUCAAUUAAAAUUGUAUUA